ACUGUCUCUUUCCUUUCUCUUAGUAUUUUUUUUUCUCUCGGAGAGGAGAAGAGAGAGACCCAUUUCCUCCUCGCGUAGUCGCGUGCAGGGGAGAAGAAGGGUUUCGGCGGAGGGAGGAGGAGCCAUGGCGGCGGAGGCCGGCAGCGCGGCCGCCGGCGCCGCCUACGAGGAGGAGCGCCGGAAGCGGGUCCUCGAGAACCUCAAGCACCUCGAGGAUCUGGGCAUAAAGAAGAUGUCCAAGAGCUUGCUGGAGGCGGCGAGAUUGCAGAAGAGCACUCGUGCCAGCCCCAAGCCGCGGAAGAAGUUUGAGGUUGGGGCCACUGAAGUGAGGCGUUCAUCGAGGGCGCGCAACUCGGUUUCGUACAAAGAGAAUUUUGAUGAACUCAACAGUUUUCUAUGCCGUAGAAGGGGCAGUAGGAUUAGGAGCACAGAGCAGGGGAGGGAUUACACCGGAAGAGUUGCCUCUUAUGAACAGCAACAACGUGCUUUCAAAAAAGCUGAGAGACUUCAAAAUAGUCUAGACCCUGAGAACCCGUCGUUUGUUAAGACCAUGGUUCGAUCACAUGUGUCCAGCUGCUUUUGGCUUGGUCUUCCAACUAGAUUCUGCAAAUUGCAUCUGCCUCCCAAAGAGUAUAAGAUGGUCUUGGAGGAUGAAGAGGGUGGUGAAUUUGAUUCUGUCUACAUUGGGAACCGUACAGGCCUAAGUGGUGGAUGGAGAGGUUUUGCGAUGCACCACAACUUGGAAGAUGGUGAUUCAUUGGUCUUUGAAUUGGCUGAACCAGACAGAUUUAAGAUCUACAUCAUAAAAGCUGUUGAUGAGGAUGCAAAUGAGUCUGAGCCUGCUGAUGAGGAAGCUAUUGGGGACAAGGACACCAGUACAGAGGAUGCAGCUGAGCAGGAUGACUCACCUAAUGCUGAACCUUUAAAAGGAACUAAGAGGAGAAAACUCCGUGGACGCCGGUAGUAAUUAGUUCUAUCAGACUUUAAAUAUUGGUACUCUGUACAAGUAUGCUGCGUAUUAUCAAUUUGCUCUCCUGUCAGGUCAUCCUUAUUGAUCUUUUUUGUUGGCCUUUCCAUUUGGUAGAUUAUGGGUGUUCCACAAGACCAUAACCACCCUUUUUGUUGCAGCUACGGACAGAGUGUUCACCAUCAUAGGUAGGUUUAGAUAACUUGUAAAGAAAUGUUGACAAUUGAACACUUGUGUCCUGGAGUCCAUCUGUAUUGUGCUGAUUCACUGUGUUCAGCUUACAUGAUGGAUGAGAACAGCAUUGGCUUAUGUGGCAAUGCUUUUUACCUGUGUCCAUGGCUUCUUAAAACUGAUCUACAGACCAGAAAGGGAAGACAUCGACGAACA